AUAUAUUUUUAAAAAAGGAAGAGAAAUGCCCCCCCCCCAAAAUUUUUUAAAUAAAUAAAUAAAAAGUGCGGCCAAAGUCACCAUCUAUGCCUACCACUAGGAGAUGAUGCGGGGCAUGUAGAUUUGACACUAGUUGUGAGAGUCUUAAAUGUAGUCCUAAAGAAUUUAAUUUUUCUUUUCUUUUUUUUUAUAAUCCUCACCUGAGGAUAUGUUUUUACUGAUUUGAGAGAGAGAGAAAGAGAGAAACAUCUAUCCGUUGCCUCCUCUAUGCACCCCAACCCACAACUCAGAUAUGUGCCCUGACCCACAAUCUUUUUGGUGUAUGGGACAACACUACAACCAACUGAGCCAUCUGGUCAGGACCUAAAGAUUUUGGUUUUUAAGCAAAUACAGAUUGGGCUUCUCUGAGCUAGGCCACGGAUACAGAAAUGGAUGUGAUAUUGGCCCUGCCCUUAAAGGUACACUUUAGAACAGCGGUUCUCAACCUGUGGGUUGCGACCCCUUUGGCGGUCGAACGACCCUUUCACAGGGGUCGCCUAAGACCAUCCUGCAUAUCAGAUAUUUACAUUACGAUUCAUAACAGUAGCAACAUUACAGUUAUGAAGUAGCAACGAAAAUAAUUUUAUGGUUGGGUCACAACAUGAGGAACUGUAUUUAAAGGGCCAGAAGGUUGAGAACCACUGCUUUAGAGUAUGUGAUGUUAAGGGGUAACUUUUAGGAGGCCCUAAAGCCUCCUCUUAAACUCCUCAUCCGAAGGCUAGAGCUGUCUCCUUACUCUCCAAAGGAGGUAGGAGGUGGGAGGAAAAUGACAAAAGAGACCCUGGUCCCCAGCCCAGCUCAGCCCUCCUCCCCAAGCUCUACUCUGUGUUAGAAUGCUGGGGGUUAGGCUGGAAACGGAGCUCUCCAGGUUACCUGAGCAUCAUAUUUUACAUUCCCCUGACUAGCUCAAGGACCUAAAAAGGUGACUGUUUGUAUAGAACUCCUUCUAACAGCUUUUCCAGGCCUCUCCUGUAUCUGCAGACAUGAAAAGUUGAAUUCUGCAGUUCUAGGGACCUGGUGACUUUGCUGCUUCCCUCUAGACUUCCAAGCUUCCCGGCUCCCCUCUGCCUAAAAAACCACAACACCCAUAGUCCUCUGCUCUAGGGCCUCCCUCUGCCUACCUCAAGGCAUACUGCAUCUCCCUCUUUCCUCUUCUACUGACUGAUGGGCAGAGCCUUUCACCUCCCGCAGGACAUGCCCACUCCUCCACUCGGCUCCCCCUGGCCUCUACCCUUAUAACCCUCAAAUUAUCCCAAGGGCUCCCUCUUCUAACUCCCCCACAUUGUCCUCUGGGAGCUCUCUUUUCAGCUCUCUGAGUCUCCCCAAACCUGUUUCCUAGCACCCUCUUCCACAGAGUUCUCUCAUGCACCUACUUUGCUUUUGCCUCCCGGCAUUUACACCAAUGUCUGCAGGUAUACAGACAUAUGCACACGUCCCAUCUCCCUCUGUGCACUCGGAGAUGUUGCUGACCCUUCCUUCCUCUUGCUAGUCACUCUUCCCUCCUCCAAUCCUCUUUUGCCCCCACCUCCUAGUGCACGGGAUAGGUCUCUGUGCUGGCAGUGCCACUGAGGACAGUGAGGCAGUGACACGCUACUAGGGGAGCACCCCGAAGGGAAAACCAGUCCAGGUUCUCCAUCUUACUUCUGGAAAAGACUUUGUUGGAUGCUUUUCAACUAAAAGUAGAUAAUUAAUUUAGCCCUGGCCUUGUUCUGUCUUUGAAUAACAGAUAAAUUAGUUUACUUGAAAAGAAAUCUUUUCAUUUGUAUUUCCAUGUCACCUGUGAUUUUCCCUGCCUUCCACCCGCAGCCCUGCCAACUGGCAGGAAGGUUAGCAAAGCUGCUGAUAAGAGGAGUAUAAAAAGGCUUGGGUCAUGGUAAGGGGCCACUUGUGGUCUACUCCACUGGCAACAUGCUGAGCUUCCUCGUCUUUGCCACCCUGGUCCUUUAUGGUGAGUGGGUCAUGUGGCCUGAGUUCUAAGAGGGGAUUUGAGCAGGAGGGUCAGAAAGCUAUCCCUAAGCCCAGAUCUGCUCUCUACUCCAGAGCGGGUAGGACACUCAGCCUGUAAGUCUAGCAAAAAUUUUACUCUCCUGGAGCCCAUGAGAGAAAAGUGUGGGGCCACUCUUGUGCAGGCCCCUCAUGAAGCAGAGAAGCCUCUACCAGGGGCCUGGGCUUCCCUACCACCCCCACUGACAAGAAGACAUCCUCAGCAGGUGCCUGGCUGGAUUUCCCUCCAGUACUGGUCCAGAGGUAACUGGUAUCACACCUGUGGAGGGACCCUCGUCAGACGGAACUGGGUGAUGACAGCUGCUCACUGUGUGGACAACCAAAUGACGUUCCGUGUGGUGGUUGGAGACCACAACCUGAGUCAGAAUGAUGGUACUGAGCAGUACGUGAAUGUGCAGAAGAUCGUGGUGCAUCCAUACUGGAACAGCAAUAACGUGGCUGCCGGCUAUGACAUCGCCCUGCUGCGCCUGGCCCAGAGCGUUACCCUCAACAACUACGUCCAGCUGGGUGUUCUGCCACGGGAGGGAACCAUCCUGGCUAACAACAGUCCCUGCUACAUCACAGGCUGGGGCAGGACCAGAACCAAUGGACAGCUGGCCCAGACCCUGCAGCAGGCUUACCUGCCCACUGUGGACUAUGCCACCUGCUCCAGCUCCUCCUACUGGGGCUCCACUGUGAAGAACACCAUGGUGUGCGCUGGAGGAGAUGGAGCUCGCUCUGGAUGCCAGGGUGAUUCUGGAGGCCCCCUCCACUGCUUGAUGAAUGGUCAGUAUACUGUCCAUGGAGUGACCAGCUUUGUGUCCAGCCAGGGCUGUAAUGUCUCCAGGAAGCCCACAGUCUUCACCCGGGUCUCUGCUUACAUCUCUUGGAUGAAUAACGUCAUUGCCAACAACUGAACAUCUUCCUGAGUACAACAGCCAUGCCAAGAUAAUUCUUUAAUUCGCAGCAGGACUUGAGGUCAUCAAGAAAAAAACAUUCUAGGAGACUAUUGAACCAGAUACAGAAAUGCAAAUAAAACUGCAUACACAUUA